GCGUCGUCGUUAACCUCAAGUACCUUCAAAGCUUCAAAUCACUUAGCGCGUUCUUUGCGGCAGUAGUCAUGUGUUAAACUUAUUUAAUAUUAGAUUCUGAUGCGGUUAUUAUUUUGACAGAAAUUAUUGUGCUUGGUAAAAUGGAGUUUCCUUUGGGUUACAGGGAAGUUAUACCCGACCAAACAUUGCCAGAAAAGUGGAAGAAAAUCGUCCUUAACAUCGGUGGAAGUCAGAGUACUUUGCAAGAUAUCAAGGUCCCCGAAAGAGCAGGGGGGUAUUCAUACAAAGAUAGCACCAAACAUUCGACACGGAAUCGUUUUAUUUAUUGGCGUAUUUUUCACGAUGUUCUCGAGCUUGUGGAACAUAGUUUGGAUGUUAAUCUUGUUAAUUGUAAAGUCAGAUACAAGUUCACAGAUAUGCCAAUAUUGGAUGGUAUUUCAAUUCAUGAAACUGUGAAUUCCGUCGUGAUAUUGGUUGUCACUGUAUCAAGUGUUCACAAACUCACUUUUCCUCAUCCAGAUAAAAUUCAUAAACAGGAACAUGUACUAGGCUCUCAUCCAGAUCUUAGCAUUCAAUCAAUCCUGAACGACGCAUCAGCAUUCCAUUAUAAUACUAAUAUCGGAACCACAAAUACACCAGUGCCACAUGCAGCAGCCUCAUGGCUCACGUUACCUCAAGAAGAAGCAUUAUUUGCACUUGCUCAUAAUACUGGUAGCAUUUUAUUGAUACGUUUGGAUACGGUGACUGGUCUUGUGCACACGAGUGAAUUGAAACAAGACUCAAUUGUUCCUCGGUUUCUCUCGGGUAUCGCGACUGCAUUUCGCGGCCGAACUUCAGAGGGCCAAGUGCCAAUGUCGCUCGUGUUACAUUCAUAUGGCCAUGAAACAUAUCUGUUUGCUUUAUGCCGUGAAGGUAAUCUCAGAAUGUGGGCAUGUAGCAAGGCUCAAUGCGUUGCAGUUGCAGAUAUUGCAAUUGACAGUCGAGUUCCAUCACAAGGCAUACAAGGGCAUAUGCUAAGAAAGGUGCUCGGGUCUACCGACAACGAACUUUAUCUCGGAACCUACUUGAAAUUUGGAAGUGGGUGCGAAUUCAGCAUUUUAAAGCCAGUGCAGGAUGCUGGGUUGUUCAAAUUUGUCAGGAUGUGUACAUUAUUUGCACCAGAUCAACAUCUGGUAGACUUCUCUUUUACAACAACCAGACUGUGGGCAGUGUGGCGUACGACCGAUAUGGAUGCAGUGGCUGUAACACAUGCAAGAUUACCAUUAAAUGGUGCACAAGUAAAUUCGGAGUGGGAAACUGCAGUAUUGGUACAACCACCAGAGAGGGAUUACAUUAUCAGUGAUCCUGGAACAGAUCCUAGACAAGCUUAUAUCGAGUACAUUUUUCACCCCGGUCAAUUUCCAUUGGCUGACAUUACUCGAGCCUUAAGUAUCUAUCGACGUACGAAUCUUCUGGCGGACAUGAAAUUAUCCCCUGCCGUAUUAAAAGAGCGUGUUUGCAUGGCAGUUGAGGCCGAAAUCCAAGCUGAAGUUAUGGAUUAUGAGCUUUCGGAUGAGGAUUAUCUAGAAAUUGCUAAUCGCUGUUGGUCCAAAUUCUAUUCAUGUGUGAUUCAAUACCAUGCCAACGGAACUCGACCUGUCGGCUUAUUAUUACUACCAAAUGUCUAUGGAGCGGUUCUACUGAAAAAAUCUGCUUUUUCGUUGCUCCGACCAAUGGAGGCUUUGGAACAUUUGAUGUUGUGUAAUGAGAAUUCAUAUGUCCAACGAUUUCGAACAACGCCAAUCUUGUCGCAAGAUGAAGAUACUUGUCAGGAUUUGAUAACUUUGAUGUCUGCAUUAGUUCUGCUGGAAAAUCAAUUGAGCGAAGAUCUCAAGAAUGGAAUUGAACGGGAACUCUAUCACCUCAAGAGUCCGGACGUCAUCAUCGAAGAGCUUUUAUCAAGGCAAAUAUUGGAAACUGAUAAUCCUUUAUCGGAUUAUGAUUUCCAAUCAGAAUUGCAUCGCAAACUCGAGAGCAUCAGGGAUAUCUCAAAAGCAAUGGCUAUGCUUGUAGAGGCGUUGACUUAUGACCUUGGUCAACCAAGUAAACUGCAGGUUGACGAGGUACAAGAAGCUUCGCGGAUUCUCCUUAAUGUUAGCCAUCUAUUUAGUAGCCAAUUAGGAAUAUCCACAAUAACCGAAAGUGUCUCACAAAUUACACUCCUCAGAUUUUCUAUCUGUAGAAAUUUGUUAAUUCUUCAACAACUGGUAUUGGCUCGUCCCGAAGCCUUCGAUUCUAGAUCGUUACACUCUAUAGGAUCUUCAUUGGCACCGAGAACAGUCGUUUUAACGCAAGCCUACUAUGCCGUUAUAUGGAUCUGCGAAUCCACCGCCAGUUCUACGCCCUCGCAGACGUUGUUGGAGACUAGUAUGCAGCAUUUGAGCCUCCUUAAGCUAUCAGACACUAGAGUUAACAUUCUACAGAAACAACAGAGAUCAUUAUCCGUACUAGAGUUGUUUAUACAUAGCGGAGGGGCAAAACAUGCGCAUUCUUUGAUGGCACAUACAAUCACUGACACUUAUGGGGUCAUGCCUUGGCAUGAAAGUAUGCUGACACACGUUACGCUCAUGGCUCAAUUCGUGUGGCCAAUUUCAGGGAAUUUUAUAUUCCCAGAGUGGCUGCUAUCCAGCUGUCAGCACUUGCUUGUUCAAGAAUACGUUCGACUUUUAAGUACCUGGUGCGAGUGGAACAGCGCAUCACGAAAAUUCAUAUUAGCAAUAUCUUUGCUGGAAAUGGGUGAAACGCACAAAGCUUGUGAUCAAUUUCUCCGAGCUUCUAACGGCAUAUUGACGGAUCCAUUCUUAGUUGGCACUUUACUUGAUUCAUGUCCAACGUCUGAGAGCAGCACUCUUGUUCAUUACUAUUUGAAAGUGAUUCGGUUAUUCGAACAACAUAGCGCAGCAGACUGCAUAAUAGAUUUAGCAGAAACUGCAAUCACAGUUGCCGACGAUGACGAUCCAAACUUGCCAACCCUUCAUUCGAUCGUAUUUCGGCAACAUUUAAAUUUAGGCCAUCACAAAGAAGCCUAUCACUGGCUCAACUCAAAUCCGGACCCACCUAGAAGAGUCGACUGCCUGAGACAGUUAGUUGCGACUUUGUUCGACAGAAAAAAAUUACUUGAACUAGUGACCUUCCCAUACGUUGAGAUGUACGAGGACCUAGAAAGAAUCGUCGAAGGAAGAGCCAGGAGUAUGGAUCUUUUGGAAAAUAAUUACUACAACUUUCUUUAUAGUUUUCAUAUAAACAAGGGAAAUGUAAGGAAAGCUGCUUCAGUAAUGUACGAACAAGGCAUGAGGCUUGGACAAGAGUCUCAUUCACCUACGAUAAUACUCAAACAGUCUCGUUGUUUAUUGGCUUGUAUCAACGCUCUACAUCUUGUAAAUGAGAAAUAUAGGUGGAUCGUGCGGCCGGUAGCCGAUCAAACACAAUCAGGUGAAAGUAAUCCAAUAAAGAAACGAAGUAUAGAUGGUAGAGAAGUUCUGCAUUAUAAAGUGAAAAAACAAGUUGAAGUCUUGGAAUUAAAAGACAUUCAAAAUGAAUAUUAUAUCGUUGUGGCGAGGUUAAAACUUGCAAAGUUGACUCCGGAAUUACAGACAAUUGCAAAGGCUGGACCAUCCGAACUCGUUGCCAUUUUAUCCAAUGCUGGAUUAUAUACGACCGCAUUACACUUGUGUGAUCGAUUCAAUAUACCAAAAAAUUCUGUGCUAGAAACUCUGACCUCGCAAUGUGUAAGGCUAACUCAACUUGAAGACCCAAAUGCUUGGGAUUGGCUGAUUCACAAUGACAUUUUUGAUGAAGGCGUAUCAGAUUCAAACGUGACGAAUAUUGCUUGGAAACUGUUGGAACAUCUCAUAUUAAAACAUGAGAAAAAAGUUGGCAGUGAAUUGCACAAAGCGGUUGCUAGAAAGCUAUUACAUCAUGGCGCUUUUCUUCCGCAGUGGUUAAUGUCCUCCUACAAAAAACGUGAUCCCGCCGAACUUCUGCGACUUAUUUUAAAUGCUGGACGCCUGUUAGAGGCAAAUGUUUUAGCUUUGGAAUACAUUGGAGCUGUUAUGGGAAGAGGAAAAGAAUAUUUUGGCCUAGAAACAUCGCUGGUAGCUACAGCGCCUGCCACGUGGCUGCCUUUAAAUACGUUAGAACUCCUGUUAUUAGAACUUGAGCAUGCCAGUAAAACGGAUGAGAAGUAUAUAGAGAGCUAUGAAGAACUCAAAGAAAUGUUGGAUUAUUACGUCGAAAUGGUUGUACGAGUCUCAGAGGACAUGAUUUCGAUGAAACUGUGCAGCUGAGUGUGUGAAUUAACGAUGUGGGAUUUGCUGCCUCGGAGUGUAUAGUUCGCCUGUCAACAAAUCAUAUGAAAUUUAAUAUUUUUUAUAAAGUCAAUAAGCAUUACUUGCGCUGAACAGAGAUUGAAUUCAGAUUGAGCCUCUUAAUAACUGUCGUUUACACAAUGCCAGUAAGCAUAAAGAAAAUUUUUUAUUUAUUAUUAUCCAGGUAUUUGAAAUAAUCAAUUACUACUAACACUGAGAGUAGUAGUUAGAUUUUUUUGUACAAUAGUCACAAAGGUUUAUUUUUUUUAUUCUCUUGUGUGUAAAUUAUGUCCGAUAUUUUUGACAUUCUCACUUGAAUUAAAUGUGGUUAUUUAUUUGUUGGACGCUAGACAGAUUUGUUUAUACAAUCAGAAAUCGUUCGUUCUCUGUUUUCAAUAUUAUUAUCCACUGUGCUCGAUUUAUUCCUAUUGGUAUUGUGUCGUGAAAAAUUCUGAAUUGAAAACUAUAAGCCAUUUUUCAUAGUUGGAAAAAUGUAUUAAUAGUUUCAUUGAAUUGGAUGUUUUAUGAUUCAUAGUUUGACUCAAUUACGCAUAAAAUGCGCUGAGGGUAUCUUGAGUCAAGAAUAGUUGCUCCAUAUCAACUGAACUUGCAACUUGAACGUAGUCUGUUGUCAACUUUGUUAUGCAACAUCAAGCUGAAGAUUCGAAGAUUUCAUCACAAUUAUGUAGAUUUCAUUCAAUCUCUAGGUAUAACUGCUGAAGCGUGUUAUCUUACCCCAUAAAAUGUACAUUUUCCGUGGUUUUUAAAUAAAUCUUUUUUCUAUCAA